AUGAUGCACAGCAACUUCCUCCCGGAGAUCGACCGAGCGGUACCUGUGAACGGCAAGGAGCGAAAGGUCAGAUGCAGUUAUAUCCCGGCGGGAUAUGCCCGCCCAGGUGGGAGAUAUGGGCUAACAAACCAGUCACCAGCGUCGAGACAACAUGACUACCCCAUUACCCCCACCAAAAUGACAAAACCCGGGGAUGAGGGAUAG